AUGAGCAAGCAUUUCGCAAAUCCGUUUAAACUCCUGCAAAAACAUUGCCGCUAUGAUAAAAAAAGAAAGGGCUUUUAUGAUGAAGAAAUUGCCUCAGAUCAGCAAAGCGGCUAUGUUACCGAGUGCUUUUACGUUGGCUCUGUCAUAACUUGUAAAAACCUUCCAGAUCUAAAGUUCGCUAUAGCAUCAACAUGUGCUAAAGAAGACAACACAAUCGCCAGGAUAAUCCGCUCCCACAAAAACCGCUUUGACUGAGUCUGCUAUUUUUCAGUUCCUCACAAAAACGAAAAAUUCCCUCACCUCGCUCCAUCGUCUCUUUGUCCAUUUACUAUGAACUGAGUCCCGAGAAAUAAAAAUGAAAAUUAUUUAGAGUAUUAUUGCAGAAAAAUGGUCCCGAACCAUAACCACCCUAGGCUCACCACCUCAAAUCUUCAAGAAAUACCUAGAAGUGUAUGUCUGUCUAACGAUAUAAAAGUUUAUGCAUUGACUCUUUAUCAAGAAGGCUUCACUCCAAAAAGAAUUUAUGAAAAAAUCGUAGAAAAGCAUCCAGAUAUUAUGUUUAAUUACAGAAAAAUAAAAGACUUCGUAAAAUACGAGUGCCAAAAAAAGAAAAUGGCAAUGACUUAUGAAGACAUUAUCAAAAAUCACAUAAAAACGCCUGACACUAUUAUAGAAAGUGAGCCAAAAACAGAACGAUUUUUCGCGACAACGACCGAAAAAAUAUAUAUAUGGAAUAAUAUGAAAGAUAUUAUGUUUAUCAGUACUUCUUAUAAUAUUUACUCAUAUUUUAAUUUCACCAUACUUAUGGUCACUGUAGAUUCAUGAGGAAACAAUAAUUUGAUUGCUUUGACACUAGCCAGGAUUGGAAAUGAGUUAAGCUAUUCAUGAGCGUUCAAGAAGUUUAAAAAACUAGGACUUGUAGACCCAGAAAUUAUCGUUAUGGACUCAGAGCCUGUUUUAUAUAAUUGUUUAAAGAAAUGCUUCCCGCAGACUAAAAUACUUUUCAGUGUUUUACAUGUCUUAGAAAGGCUUCAUGGGAUAUUUAGCAAUGAUUGGACUAUUAUAAGAGAAAAAAUGAUUGGAAUUUAUAAAGCUGAAUCUGAGCCAGAAAUUAUUAAAAAAUUUAGUGAAAUGGUUGACGAAAUCCCAGUCACAGCAAGAAAUAACGAAUUAGAAAAUUUGAUGAUAAAAAGAAAAAAAUGGACGAAAUACUGGACUUGCAACUAUUUUUUAGCAGGGCUUCACUCAAAACGCAGGAUCCGAAACGUAGAAGUCCUGUUAAAAGCUAUCAAUUCUUUGCUCAAAAAAGAAGCAAAAUUUAACAUUUUCAAAGAAUUCGAAGAUAUGCAGACGAGUAAUAAUACAAAAAUUUCCAAUUUCGAGAAACCUGAAGUAGUGCUGGGACUCAAAGGAAUUAAUGGGCUGCAGAAUUUGUACACUGAUUUUUGCAUACAAAAGAUUUUGAGAUCUUUAAAUGGCAUGGAAAAUUGUGAAAUAAAAUCUGAAUUAGGAGAAAAUUUUAUAUAUGUUGAAGAUGACAGACAUUUUUGUAAAGAAGAAUUUGAAAUUGAUGUGAAUGCUGCAAGCUGCAAUUGCAAUAAAACAAUUAAAUACAAGAUACCUUGCUGUCAUCUUUUGUUUACUUGUAAAAAGAUAAAAGGAGAUUUGUUGCCAUUUAUUGUUACAAAUACUUCGAGAAGAUGGCUACUUCCACAAAAUUGGAAUAAGUCUGACGCAGAAAUUUUCCAAAUGAUAAAAUCAAUGCCGCCUGAAAUAGAAAAGCCAAAAAACGAAAUUUUUAUGAAAAUAUAA